AUGUCUGCUGCAGAGCUGCAGCUGCCAGGAGAGCAGCAGCAAGAAGAAGCAGCAGGCAACUCAACCACAGCACCCAAAGACGCCGCUUCUGCUGUCUCUGCAGCAGCAGCAGAAGGAACAGCAGCUGGAGCAGCAGCAGCAGGAGCAGGAGAAGCAGCAGCAGCAGGAGCAGCAGCAUCAGGAAGAGAGGCAGCAGGAACAGGAGAAGCAUCUGCUGCUGCUGCUGCUGCUGCUGCAUCUUCUUGCUGCAGUGGAGACUGCUGCACAAUUCAGCUCGAGGAAACCUCAACAAAUAUUUUAUAUAGUUUACCUUCUCGAUGUGCUAUAGUUGGCAGCGAAGAACAUCAUCAAAUCAUGCAGAGAAAUCGGGUGUAUGCUGAGCUUCAAGCAGCAAUACAGUCUGUCCCAGGACGGUUUAAAGUGUCGCAUACGCAAACCCUAAACCCUCAGCAAAAGCUAAAGGCAGUGGAGACAGACAACAAUGCGAGUGUUGCUGCUGCUGUUGAAGCUUCACCAGCAAACAUUCAUGAUGCACUUGCUGAGAAACCCACAAGCCUGAUGGAGAAGUUUUGUGCUGCAUGGAGGAAGGCAGCAGAAGAGUUUGCUGCAGAGGGGCUGCAAGCUGAGGGCACAUUGCUGCCAUUAAACUCUUGUUUUGCUGCUGCUGCUGCUGCUGUUCGUGAUAAGACUAGAACAACCUGCAUAGGGGGGGAGAGGGGCCCCCAGGGGCCCUUCUUUACUUCGCCGCACCCCUCCGGCUCGCGCAGGUUUGAUGACCAGCAGCAGCAGCAGCAGCAGCAACAACCUUCUCAACGGCUUAGGAGCAGAGAUAGCACAACUGCAAAACGCAUAGGGGGGAGUUUUGCUGCUUCUAAACGACUGUCUGUAAUGGGCAGCAGCAAAACAACAGACACAAAGAGAGCAGAAGUGUCUGUGGCGAGCGUUGGGGGGCGCAAGUGUCAGCGGCCAUCGGUGGUGGAGAUGGGUGGAGGUCUUCUAAAGAAAAAUUUGGAAGGAGAUUUGCUUGAGAUGAGCAAUGAAGUAAAUAAAAGCAACCCCGAAUGGCAGAUAUCGUCUGGGGGGCCUCUGCCGGGUGGCAUGGGCAUAGCAGCUUUAUGUAUGGAGGCUGCUUUGUCUCAGCAGCAGUUUCAUUCGAAGCAAAUGACGUAUAGGAGUUUAAGGGCUCUACAGCCUGUGGAAGAUGUCUUCCCAAACCCUAGAACAGAGACAGACUCUAAUUGCUUCUGCUGUGAGGCAGCUGUCUGUGGAGAGGCCCUUUCUGCUGCUGCGCUGCUGCACACGCUAACAACUGCUGCUUCCUGCCGAUACUCCUGCUGCUGCUGGAGCUCCUGCAACCAUACAAGCAUACACCAUGCCGCUCCUCCUGUUGGUGCUCUUUCUGCUGCUGCUGCUGUUGCUGCUGCUGCUGCUGUUGCUGCGGCUGCUCCUGCUGAUGUCGCUGCUGCUCCUCCUCUUCUUUCUGCUGAUGUUGCUGGUGCUGCUGACGCUCCUGCUGAUGUUGCUACUACUGCUGCUCUGGCUAAUGCUCCUUCUGCACUUCCCCCUGAUGUUACUCCUGCUGCUGAUGCUGUUGCUGCUGCUGCUGCUGUUGCUGCUGCUGCUGCUGUUGCUGCUGCUGCUGUUGCCGUUGCUGCUGCUGUUGCUGUUGCUGCUGUUGCUGCUGCUGCUGCUGCAGUUGGCGCUGAUAGGGAAGAAGAAGUGCAGCGCGAACGGCGCGAGGCCUCCGACUCGGAUGACGGCGAAGAGGAGCAGCAAACAGCAGGCGGUUAUGUACGGCAGCAGCUAAAGGAGCUCCUGGAUUUUGAUGGAAGGCCUUUUGCUGAUGGCCUGGGGGUGCGGGCGCUGGUAUACCACCCAAUUCACAAAGACAUUCUCUGUGCUGCCUUUAGCAGUCCCCCUUGUAAUCCAGAUGCGCCCCGAAAUGGGGGUCUGGUGGACGGUGCUGUUGGCAUUUGGGAUUUGCGUCUUUCUCGGGAUCAGCCGGUGCUGCACAGCGCGGGUUCAGAGGGCGCAGUGGGUUGCCAGCACACAGACACCGUCUGGGAUUUGAAGUGGCUCGUACGAGAGGGAACAGAGGGUUUGCUGUCUACAGGAGGCGACGGGCAGGUGUUGCAGUGGACUCUGCAGAAAGGGCUUGUGAACUCCACAGCUAUGAAUGUGCGCCGCACUCCCAACCCCUCUGCGUUGCAGUUGAGUUCUUUGAGGAAGGAGGCUGUGAAGACGCAUUUAUUUCGUUAUGCAGCGGGUUUGUCUUUGGAUCUGGCGAGGGGAGAAGACAGCAGCAUUUACUUCGUUUCUACCGAUGACGGCGUUGUGCACAAGUGCUCCCUCAACUACAACGAGCAGUUUCUUAGCACUUACUACGGCCACAAAGGGCCAAUUCGAACGGUGCGCGUGAGCCCCUUCUCCCCGCACUUUCUGCUGAGUGGCUCCGCUGAUUGGACAGUCCGUCUUUGGUCUGUUGGUCGCCAUCAAGAAGAAGUUGAAGUAUUCACUUCAACAGAAGAUCCAAGCGCAGUUAUGGAUGUUUGCUGGAGCCCCUACGACUCCACUGCUUUCUGCUGUGCCUUCAACAACGGCCGAGUGGAGCUGUGGAACUGCGGCGACCAAACUGCGGAUCCUGCAGCAGUUUUAUAUCCGGCGUUUGGGGGGGAGCGGCUGCCUCGCAGGCUCUCUCAGAUAUGUUACGCUCCGUCUGUGCCGGUGUUGGUGGUGGGCGACGAGGAGGGGCGCAUAACGCUGAUAAGCAUUCAAGAGGAAGAGGUGCCAACCUAUUCUAAACAGGAGCAGCAAGAAAGGCUGGAGCAGGCAUUUCAAAAUCGCGCUAACCAGCAGCUAGGGGACUCACGUGCAAGGCUCCCGCCCCACUAA